AUGAAACAAAUCGUCGACGGCUACGAGAGGGGGGGUGGGGUCGCGGGGGGUCUGGUAUCAGCGUCCGUGAAUUCGGCGAUUCGUCACGCGGCGCGCGGUCGCGGGUUGCUGACCGUCAUAGGUAGCGUGACGCGGCCGCGGAGGGGCGCGCGGGGCGGGGCGAGACGAGAGGGGGGGAGAGGGGCACGGGAGGGACGGAGGGAGGGGGAGGCGCCCUUGCGCGAAGGUGAGGCGACAAUUAACGCGCGGUCAUUCCACCGCGGCUGGCGCGGUGUCAACGAUUCCGAUCAUCCUGCUGCGAUAGCGGGCGACCGGACGCGACGCCCGCGCCGCCGCCGCGUCGCGCCGCGGGCCCAGGGCUGCCGCGGCCCCGUCUCGAUUUCUAACCACGCAGCCCUGCGCGACCCGCCCGCCAUGUUGUCCCGCUUAAUUGCGCGCCGCACGCGCCUUCGCGCGGUUAUCGUCCACAGCGGGGAUUCUGCCCGGUUGAGCCGAAACUUGCACAAAGAAAGUCGACCGAAUAUUCAAUUCGGAGAGUUACGUAAUACUGUAAUAGAGGCUCGGAGACUAGGAGUCGCGAAAGCACAGGUGGUGUUCGCAGCGACCCAUCGAUCUCGCGCGGGGCCCCGGCGCCGCCCACGCCGCCUUCCACUCUCCUACACAUGCCCGCUUCGCCGCUUCGCGCGCCGCUCGCUCAUUAGGGAGCGGCGAGACGUUAAAUAUAGGCGGCCGGGAAAACGCUUCGCGCGCGGGGGAAAUGCAUCGCGCGCGGUGCGCCGCUCGGAGCCGCUAAAUUUACCGGCCGAGGGCCGCGAGGCGGGCGCGCUCGUAAAAGUGAAAAAAAAAAAAAAAAGAAAAAAAGACGCAACGAACGCGGCGGGCUCGAUUACAGAGGCGAUUUUACGAGCGCGCUCCUCUCGGCGGCCGCGGCGCGUAGUUUUUCCGUCAGGCCGCGCCAUAAACAAGCCCCCCCCUCUCCUCUCCCCGUCCCCCGUGCCGCCCGCUCGUAAACUAAGCGCAGAUAGCGGGAGGACU